AGUACGAGUAGUAGUACGCCCGCUGUCGACUAGGAACGACGGAACCGUACCCGGAAAGUAAUGACAACCGGCAGGAUCUGAAUCUGUAGCUUUUCACCGGCUUCGUCGAUAAUGAUAUAUUGCGGCGGGUUCGCGACGACCGUGAUUUUCAGUGGGUAAUAUCGAACGCGAAAGCUCCAAAGUGGCGUCCAACACGGGACAAAGAAUCCGGAAGGAAAAUAUGCUCAAGUUCCUCACGCAUAAGCUGCGGACUCACUCCAUAAACGAGGAUAAUUAUGUGGAAAAGGCAGAUGAGGAUCAUGAUUCUGGAACUGAGUCCGACGAGGAAAUCGACGGCCCGGACUUACCCUCUGCAGUGAUUUCCGACCGAAUGUGCAGCGUUUCCCCGGCAGAUACAGGGUGUUCGAUGGAGAGCCCAGCCCCCGAUCAGCACGACCCCCACAGCUCCGAGGAAGAGUUGGAGGUCAUAAACAGCAACAGCAAGGUGGAGAGGCCACCGAGGCCCCUGAGGGCGGCGUCGGUUUGUCUCGCCGAGAAAAGGAAGUGGUCUCAGAUCGGGGAAGUUUAUAGUCGGAGGUAUACUCCGGAAAACGAAGAGAACAUGUCUCACUAUGGCAACCUCAGUCCGUCUUCGCCUUGCUCACCGUACCUGAAGUGCUACGGCGAGGAUGGGGUUCAUAUCGAACAUUCCGGCUCAUCGGACGACGAGGUCCACCUGUUGACCACCAGGACAACCCCCGUCCAGUUCAGGACGUCCCCGCCUCUGGAAGCCGUCAAGCCCGAGCGCAGAACGCUGCUGAAUAAGGGCCGCUCCAUGAGCCCCCCACCCAAGCUCCUCCACUACGAGGUGUCGCCCAGAAAACGCACCAAGCACGCACGACACGCACAUAUCCAGAGGCCAUACCUCGAUUUCGAGAAAAUGCAACAGUUGAAGACCAGGUCUGUGACGCCCUGGCAGCACACAGGGGACCACACCGGCGAGCUGUCCGUUUACUGCUGGUGAGACAAGCUAAAGGGGCGGUCCCCGUCGCCCUGCGAAAUAUCCAUCUCACCCCUUGUGGGUAGUCUGCCAUCAGUGUGGCCCGAUCAUCCCUCAUCAUCCACAGAUUCAUCUUAAUCUAAACUAAAACUACUAAAUCUACGGUUAAAAAAAAAGGUGGCAACGUGAGCAGUGGGAGUGGCUUGUGCUUAAGAGAUUGGUUUUUUUAUAUCUCUCUCGAUAUUGUUUUAGAUGAAAUCACCUCGAGUUCAAUGAGAUCCAUCGGCGAAAUCUUCUACAACUUAAUUUUGUAUGCUUUGUAUUAUGAACUAAAUCGAUGUAUAGGGUGUUUCGGAGAAAUGUGGAAUGGGUAAUAUAAAAUCCAAAGUUGAUCGAACAUAAGUAGUAACAAUUAGUGUAUUAUACAAUAAGCAUUUAAUGAUAACUAUUAAGUUGUGAAUAUGAGAAUUGCUAUACUCGCCAUAGGCAAGUAUUCUAAUGAAUAAGAGGGUCAUAAUAGUCAUUAAAUGUGAGUUGCUCACACUAUUUUUUUCUACAACUACUCAUAAUAAUGAAAAUUAAGCUCGUUAUUAAAUUUUCAAUGAAACUAACGAUAACUAACGAAAUAUCAUGGAAUCUUUAUCAUGAACAAAACAUAAAUGUUAGAAUCAUUAUAUUGUUAUAGUUAUAUUCUAGAUGGUAAAGUUACUAAAAUGCAACUGCAACACUUCUUUUAUAAUUCUAAAGAACGCCAUUAUAGAUGGUGCAUAUUAAAUCGAAUCAAAAAUUGAAUUGACUACAUUGACUUUAAUUUGAAUUGGUUAGUCAAUGCAUUUUUCGGCCACUGCUGUGGAUUUCCUUCGACAGUGGAGUUUUAAUGAAGUGUUGUUACUACCAGUAUCGGCUAAUCUAAUAUUGUGGCAGAACUGCGGCAAAACCAGUGUCCCAUAUAUAAAUUACAAUUCAGAAGAUUAAAGUAAGUAACAAUUUCUUUUCGCAUCUCCAAAUUUGUUUCUAUAUUUUGAAUAGUGUAAUUUCCAAUUAUGUAAUUGAUAAAAAAGUUAAUGUUAUAUAAUUAGGAUUGGAUUUGAUAUUUCAUAUUAUUUUUCGGUAACAAUGUCAAGUAAUAUCAAGCUUAUUUCAAGCAUAAGUAAAUUUUUUUCAGAAUACUGAAACACGUAGAAAAUGAAAAUAUUCAUUGUGCAAGUAGGUAUAUAAGUUUUCGCAAUUAUUCUUUGCUUAAAAAGUUUAAUAUUUGUGUUACAUCUCUGGAACACCCUGUAUGCGCUUACUAACAGUUCUGUUAAAUGAAACACGAUGUAACUAAAAAAUUUGUUUCUUAUUACGUACUUCUGAGGUUGAAAUUUUUAUAUUCACUCGAAAGGCGAGGAACGAUGGCCAAUUGUAAAUGUUUUAUAAACGAUAUUAAAAAUAUUUCUUAGGAUUAUCAGAUGGGGCGGAGCCCUUUCACAGACUGUUUAAAGUUUAAGAGAUGCAAAAUGUAUAUUUUGUCUACUUUGUAAGCAUAUUUGAUUAUGGAGUUUGACCUUUCCUCUUCCUGACGAUGGGGGUUCUUGUGAAACGAACGGUUUGGACGGACAUGGAAACGAAAAGAGUACAAACAUUUGAAUUUGUGUACAGUUUCUGUGUGAAUCCAAAGCGAAACUCAAUUUUUCAAAUCUUAAGCUGUAUAUUUCAUCGAUUUAAAACUAGCUGCCUUGAGCGUACUAAGUUGGCAAGACUGGAUAGACGUUUUGUUUAUAUCUGGAAAUUUUUAUUAAUCUUUGUCUCCACACCCUUCAACUACAUUCGAAUUUUGGAAAGAAACUUUCACACUCCUGUCAACUUUACGCUUUAGGUUGGUAAUCUUUCGACUAAAUUUUGUGAUUAUGCAUAAAUUUGACAUGUGGGGUAGUGCAAGUAGGUAGUUAUUUUAUUAAAAGAUUUCUUGGUUUCAAAAGUAAUGUUUCUGAGUUCAAUUAUAUAACCACUUGAAACUGGAUUGAAUCCCUUCAUAUAGAUUGCCAAUAGUCACAAUUUUUAUAUAAGCAUUUCACACUGUAGUUUUCUUUUAAGUCUGAAUAGUAGGUAAAUAUGUCUUGUAAAAUUGAAAUCAUUGCACAAUAUCUAAAAAUGUUUGGUAGUGCUGAUUUAAGACUGAGUGAUUCGAAUAAUAUCUGAAAACUAUUUGGAACUGUUGAUAUAAGAUUGAGUGAUUCGAAUAAUAUCUGAAAUAUAUUUAGAAGUGCUGAUCUAAAAUUGAGUGAUUUGAAUAAUAUCUGAAAAAUGUUUGGAACUGCUGAUAUACGACUGAGUGAUUUAAAUAAUGUGAAAAAUUGUUGUAAGUGCUGACCUAAGAUUGAGAGAUUCAAACAAUAUCUGAAAGAUUUAGUGAUAACAUCUGAACAAUAUUUGAAAGUGCUGAUCUAGGAAUCAGUGAUUCCAAUAUCUGAAAAGUAUUUGGAACUGCUGAUGUAAAAUUGAUUGAUUCAAAUAAUAUCUGAAAGAUACUUGGAAUUGCUAACCUAAGAUUUAGUGUUUCAAAUAUUUGGAAGUACCAAUAUAAGAUUGAAUGAUUCGAAAAAUAUGUGAUAGACAUACGAAACUGCUGAUCUAAGAUUGAAUGAUUCAUAUGAUAUUUGAAAGAUUUUGAUACUGCUGAUUAAGAUCGAGCAAGUCAAAUAAAAUCAGAGAUAAUAAUAAUAACUGCUAAUCUAAGAUUGAGGGAUCCAAAUAACAUCCAAAAAAUAUUUGGAGUUGCCGAUCUAAGAUCGAGUGAUUCAAGUAAUGCCCUAAAAAAAUUGUGAAAAUUGUGGCUGGCUAUCAUCUAUGUGAUACAAUCCAGGCAGAACAAAUUCACAUUUACCGUAGCACGCGAUCCUCAUUUUCUCCACCGAUUUGUCCAAUAAAUGUAAAAACGUAACCAUAAAUGGGCAUUGUAUGAUAUUAAAACUGAUUGUAAACUUACAUUUCGUAGACUAGUUCUGUGUCUUGGUAGACUUAGUUGACAGUUGUCUAAUGUAGAGUCCUUACGUCGUUAUUUUUGCCAUACACUGUCACUCGUUGACGCACUUUCGGCCAAGUUCAAAACAAAACAACGCUGCCUCAUACUGCCCUCGGUGUUUGACGAUUUCGGAAUUUCUAAAAUUAAAUUACUGCCCUUGAAACUGCUUAACUGUUAUACCUUGGUUAAUCAAAAUGGGUGUUACUAUAUAAAGAAAUAUAUUCGUAAAAUGUUGUUUAUAAAAAAAUGUAGAAGAGAAUAUUACAGAGAAUUUGUAGGAACUUUUUAACAAAUUUAAAGACUUUUUAAAAUUGCGUGAGAGUGGUUUUAUUCAGAUGUGAGCAUACCUACUGUGUUUCUGUACUUGAAAAUUCUUUGUCGUGAGAGGCUUUCUUUCAUAUUCAGAUAUCAAUUUUUUAAAUGAAGUUUUUAAAGUAAAUAUUUUUUUACAAAUGUCAAUCAAAACACUGUUGUUUCCUGUAAUCUUUGUUUUUUUUUCUCUCAAAUUUGAUUUGUUCAAUUUUAAAAAAACACAUAUCCUUUAUAUGAAAGAAAUACUCCUCGGAAAGAACAAAAAAAACUUAUAUAACCAGAAUCACAGAUUAGAUGUAUAGUGCAAAGUAUAUAUAAUUUUUUUUAUUUAAAGAUACGUAGAGAAAUAAUAUAAUAUUUUUAUUUCAAGUAUAUUACCCAUUUGUAUAAAACUAAAAUACUAACUAGAUCACCGAAUGUAAUCGUUCGAUUUGAAAAUAUUUACUAAACAACGGGAGUUCUAGCUUCUGUUGGAAACAGUCAAGGUUUGUUUGUUUGCUUUAUUAAGUUGGUAAUACAGGGUAACUUAUUACCAUGGUAAUAAGUAGUAAACUAAGGUUAUGUAAUAUCUAAAAAUAAGAUUAAUAUACUCGUACAUUGUAUCGGCGUUUCAUGAAAUUUUUUUAAAAAUGGGUUUUUGUUUAAAUAUAAAUAUUUGUUAAAAAAACAAGUGCAUAAAGACAAUUGUGUUUAUUUUUCCUAAUUUUUCAGUCAGAAAUUUAUUCAAUAAGCAUUAAAAUCCUUGUGAGAGACAAAACAUUUUGUGAUUUGUUUAUUUUUUUAAAGGUAUAACCUUACACUCUGUAUAUAUGUGUCUUUAACAUUUUUGGAUAUUCUAGAAAAAUUGAAAAACGACUAAACUCGCAGAAAUAAGAGAAUCGUGAGAGUUUGGAAUAACAAAUCAAUUAGUCAUAUGCAAUGUUUUUCAAUGUGUAGUUUAACACUGAUUCAAUCAGCUCACUAAUGGCAUUUUAGCAGCUACAUUUGAUUUUGUACUAAAAAUAAGUUGCUAACUGAAGAAGUACUGUAAAUAUUAUCGACCACCUAAAGUUUUUUGCAACAACUUUUUUUUUUUAAUGAAAAAUCAGAUUACUGAAUUGUAUUAAAAUUUUAUCUGAUAUUGUUUUAUCUCGGAGUACAGUUCAUUAGCCAUGUAGCAAAUACGUUUGGUAGAGUGGAUUUAGUGGUAACAAUGCCAAAUGAAGCGAAUUCAACUUUUCGAAUAUAACUUGGGCCUCGAAUAAAGAUAUAAGUGUUAUGAUUACGAUUUACAAUAGGUGUAAGUAAUUAAGUUGUAAGGAAUGAAAUCUAAGUCACUCGUAAAGUAAAAUUUUUACCUAAUGGCCUAGUUCGGUACGAAUGAAAUAAUAUUUAGUGCCAUUUAGAUUUUUUCUAGGCCAGUGCCUAUGUAAAUAACAAACCUUGCACUUUUUUUAACUUUUUUUAAGUGGUGGAUACAGUUGAUACAUUUCUUUUCUGAUCAACUUAAUAAAUGAGUAGAUUUUAAAACAUCAUCGAAUCAAGCGAAUUUUCAAGUCAGACGAUUCGUUACCAUAUUUGUAUCACACUUUUUAUACACAUGACCUUUACACUCGAAUUUAGCAUGUAUGUACAUAGGUAUAUUUAAAACUACCUAGUUUCUUAUAAAUAUAUGUAUAAAAUGGGUAAUAUGGUAUAUUAAACCAGUGAUAUAAUUAAGUAUUUUUGCACUUAAGUGCAGUUGUGAAAAUAUUGUUUAAAAACUAUUUGUGAUAUAAAUAACAUGUAGUCAUAUAGAAAUGGUAUCUAUCAGGUUAAGUUUGGGUUGCGCUUGAAUUUUAACGAACCAAAUCUGCCGGAAACAUCUUUACUUAAUAUCACACUCCUAGUUUCGUUAAAAACUAUUAUACCGAAGGACCAAACAGUCCAAACAUUGUAUAUAGCUCUUUGAAUUAUGUGAAGGAAUUUUAGGUUAUGCUUUUAGGAAACAAAUCGUCAAACAGCAUUAUAUAUUACUACGUUGGUCUUUAUAGGAAUCUGUCAAUUAAGUACAAUUUUAAAACCUUGGGACCUUGCUUUAUCGUUUGUAACCUAAAAUUUCUCAAGAUUGUAAUGGAAAGGGAAAAAUUUGCAAAGUGAGUUAUCAAUAAUUAAUAUUCUUUACAAAUUUCUUAGCAAUAUCAUUGCAAAUUUUUCCCUUCAAAAUGAUAUUUAUGGUGAAUAUCAUGCGACAAAGUAGCUGGACUACCUAUAUCACAUAAAGUAGCAACAGAUUAACAAUAUAAAACUUACAGUACGACAAAUGUUAUUAUACUCUCUUUAAGUGAAGAUGUAAUAAUAUUCAAAAUACAGUUCAUAUCAUGAACAUAGUGCAUACUUAUAUGUAUAUACAUAUAUUAUUUACCUGGAUGAAAUUCUAACUGUUACAGGAACAGAAUCUUCUUUAACUUGCAAAUUGUUUCACCAAAAUUUUAUGCACAUAACAUCACAUAUGUAAGUAUAUCAAUUUAACUUUUAUCUUGUAUUUUAUUUGUGAGGCAGAAAAACUCCAAGCAAAAUCAGUGAAAACAUUUAUAAAUUCAACAACCAACAUUCUAGUGUGGAUUGUUGUGCACAACCAAUCAGAAAUCAGAAAUCUUCAAAAGACAUAAGGAAUGCCACCACAAUAAAAUGUUGCAAUUGAAAUACAAACCCUUAAUUUAUUUACCUUUAACAAUCUGUUGAUUAAAAAAAAAUAUGUGGAUAUAACCUCACAUUUUAGCAACAUAAUAUAAGGGGUGAUUUACAAAUUGAUAUGGUUAAAAAUGAAUAUUCAUCAGUAUCAACAAGUAAAUUCACCAUUAUAUUUUGAAAAUGUGAAGUUCAUUGGUAGCAUUUGCUCGGUAAUAGAAGAUUUAUGAUGUUCCCUUUCAAAAUUCAAAUUCUGAGCCCUCACCAAGGCUCGAGAUAUUUCUAUAUGCCUAUUGUCGCACCCAUUAAUCUUAGUUGCAAUACAAAUGUUAAGUUUAAGUGAUUUUUUUAUUAUUGAACAUUUGACCCAAUAAAUAUUUUAUAUCAUUA